AUUAUGCAAAUUUGAGCAGUUGUUCCCCUCUGCGGAAGACAGGCUCGAUUCAGGAUAGUUCGACUGUUUUAAUAAGACAGAAGUUUGAUUUCAUGUGGUCGUAAAGGUGUAGGAUGAGAGUGACGCGUUAUUUUGCGAGCUUCUAUUAUGGCAUUGUAUCUUUGAGUCGUUACUGCCCAGGAAGUUAUGAGAAGCCGGUAGUGUUUUAGUUUCGCCGGUCGAGGCUGCUCUCUUUGUUUGACACAACGCGUGCUCUUUUGUUUGGGAUUUUGUCUUUGUUUAACUGCAAACGGACGAUCUUUGUCCUCUUCUAGGCCUCUCGUGGUUUAAAUAUUGUGCGUGAAACAUGCAUCACAUGAAGAAAUAUUUCACCGAGGGACUCAUUCAGCUUACAAUUCUGCUGAGUUUGAUAGGAGUUCGCGUGGAUGUCGACAGCUACUUGAACGGUUACUUCUCGCCGCUGAUAGAGGCGGACGGAGGGCCGAGCUCGGCUUUCAUACAGACACCGUUUCACCACUACCGGGACACGGCAGCGGGACAUCAAGUGCAUCCUAAAUGUCCCGAGCUGGACUAUUUUUUCACCAGCCGCAGGCUGCUGGACGAAGUGCGUGCGCUCGGGUCCCCGGCCCGCUUCCCCACGCGUGUCAGCGCAUGGCUGGUGCACCUUGUCCCUGAUGACAACGCUGAUAUCGGUGAACCGAACAAUCUGUCCGGGGACUCUGGUAACGACGAGAUAAAUGCGGAAAAUCUCCGGGAAGAAGUGGAAAAUGACCACAGGACUGGGCUUUCAGUAUAUCAGGAUCCUACUAUACCGAGGCCUGGUUGUGCAACUGAGGAACUUUCCAAAGAGGACACUUUACAGAACCAAGAGGAUGAGGAGGCUGAGGUGAAAGAUCAAGCGGAAAACAGCCCUGCUUUGCUGAACACGCUGACUCAGAGCUCAGCGUUAGAGCCAGAGGAUCUGCUGGGUAGCAGUACUCUGCCUCCACCUCUUUCUGAUGUGGUUGUACUUCCGCAGUGGCAAGACUUCCUUUCUGAAUUUGAUAAUUUUGACUCUAUGGUCCCCCAACCCAUACCCGAUUUAGAAGGAGACCUUACAAAUCCCAUCAGCUAUGAUGCAAGUCUUCGAGAUGCCAUGGUAACUAGGAGAGAUAUCUGCAGACCACCUCUGUUCCGUCUGGAAUCUACAAAUUCUUCCCACUCUGACCAACCUCAAAGUUCAUUAGGCGCACUUCCUUCAUCACUCUUUUCUUUGUCAGGGAACAGCUCCCGUAAUGAAACCACCCAGUCACGGAUGGGAGGUUAUCUAGAUGAGGCUGUUUUUGAGCAUAUAAAUAUGUUAGACCUUGGUACAGUUGACCCUCAGAUGCUGCUGGAUGAUUCAGACUCUGGUCUUUCUUUAGAGAGUGGCACAAGGAGCACUGCUUCUCCAUCAACGUCGUCCGAUUCACUUUGCGAGGAAGAGGGUGGAGCCACAGGCUACAGCAGUGAGGUUGAAUCCUUCUCUUCUAAAGUUGGAGCCUGUGCUGCCGCUUAUCGUGAUUGGUCACCGGUGGACCUUAAUGAGCAUAUCUGGCAUGACCACACCUAUUCACUCCCACAGGAUCAAAAUUCCACAUCUUCUUGCUGGGUCCCACCACUCAAAAGUAUCAAGCAAGAAGUAAUGAGUGAAGAUGAGGGCGAACCAGAAGAGAUGGGCCGCGAUGAGCAUCGCGUGCAAGCCCUGGGACUUCCGUUUUCAGCUUUUCAGAUUGUCAACAUGCCCGUAGAGGACUUCUUGGAGCUGCUGGACCGGCAGGAUCUGGUAGAAUCACAAGUGAGUUUCUUGCGGGACGUGCGGAGGAGAGGCAAGAACAAGCUUGCGGCUCAGAACUGCCGCAAGAGGAAACUUGACGCGAUCGUGAGCCUACAGGGUGAGGUCGAGGGCCUCAUGGUGCAGCGAGAUGCUGUCUUGCGCCAGAGAGCCCACACAGCCAAAGCGCUCUCUGCCAUGGCAGAACGCUUUGAAGAGCUCUCGCAGACUGUGCUGAGCCACCUUCAGGAUGAAUGUGGACAGCCUCUGAGACCUGAAAACUACACACUACAUUGCAGUGCUAAUGGACGGGUGGUGGUUCAGCCUCGCACUAGCAGAACAUCAAGGACAACUGUUACAGGUGGCAAGACUGCAAAGAGAAAGAAGGACAAGAAACCUUAAGAGACAUUGUUGAGUGUGUGGGGCGUGUGUGUGUUUACAUACAAAUAUUUUUUAUGUUUGCUGAGGCUCAGUUUUUAUCCUUGAGACAUGUUUUGGGGUUCUUAGUUCUUACAAGCCAUUCGUAAGUCAUGUGGUGGGCAGACAUACUUGAAUAAUACUACACUUACAUCAGGGGAGUAGACAUUUUUACUUGCAGCAGGAAAGGUAAUGAAAACACUGGACGUUGUGUAUUAUAAGAGUGUAUAAAGUAUUCCUAAUGAGGAGAAUGGAUAAUAAAGAGGAUAUUUCUUUUUAAACUUAUCGUAAAUGGCAAUUUACUAAGUAAAGUAUGUUUGCAGAUACAAGCAGAUGUCAAUGGAGGAUCAUGCUAAAAGUCUCAUUUGUAUUGCUGUCUUGUUUGGAGGCCAACUGGUUCAGCACUAACCUUUUUUUAAACAACUUUUCCCAUUUCAAAUCAGUACAAACCAAAUCAAACAUGCUGCCUCCUUUUCUACCUGUUAAAGUGAUGGUUCAUCCAUCUUCAAAGCCUGUAUAUUUGCUAGCAGUAAAAAUGUUAGUGACUGGCAGCCUUCAUUUCCGUGCACUUAUAUCCUUUAAAGUUUCUCUUUAAGGAGAAAGUAAGGAAUGACAUGAGGGUGAGUAAAUGACAGAAUGAUUGUCUUGGGCAGACUAACCUAUUAGGUAUAAUGCAGUUUUUAGUUAUUUUUGAUUUUCUGGAAUUGUGACCCACCAUUAUUUUUUAAUUAAAUACAGAACUGUCCCUUGGAUGCUAAUUCUAUUUUGUUUGGAUUGCCUUAUUUGCCUUUUAGUCAAUGAAAUUACAAAAUUUGCAUUAAGAAGUGCAUUUGCAUUACUUUGGUAAGUUUUGGUCUACCUCAAAGCACAGCAAUACAAUUCUUAAAGGCAAAUGCUAUGUUGUCAGCCUAAUGACUAUUUAGUUUGCAAUUUAUAAAAAACAAAACUGAACAUGUUUGAAUAUCUUGUUGGCAGGAUGGGUUGAUUUGUUUGUGUGAGCUGCUGCUCUUAUUUCUUUUUCUUCUGUUUUUUAUGUGUGUGCUUUUGUAAAAAAACGUGUGUAUGGGGUUGAAAUACCUACUGACUUUAAACCGUGAUGUUCACAAUUUAUUUUAUAAUUUUUAAUACAAAUAAAGGAUGAACAUUCUGUUAA